UCACGAUCCAGUUUAGGGAGUUAUUUGCAAAAAUUUGGAUCGAGAUUAAUAGUCGCGAUCCAAAUUAGGGUCUUAUCUGUAAAGUUUGGGACUGAUUUGUAAAUAUCGGUUACGCCGGUCGCUCGCCGCCGCUUCCACAAGGGCUCCGGCGGGCGGGCGGCGGCGGCGGCGCUCCCCAGGGCGUGGACCAACCAACCCCAACCCUCCCCUCUGCGCGCGUACGUUCUGGGGUCGCUCGAGCGUCGGCAUUUGUGGCAGAGGAGCGCGCGCGGAGCCGCGGAUGGGGACAGCGAGCGACCAACGCGGAUGUGAGUUCGCCGCGCCGUCGCCGCAUCCCGCUACCAUCUACUUAGCUGCUGUCCGUUCCUUCACCUCUGAUCGGUGAGUAAGCUCGCAACGCCGGCCGUGCUCCGUGUGCAGGCAUGGUCGCGCACGGUCCGCCACAGGUUUAGUACUUGUUCAUUCAGUUCCGCGUGUUUUCAUCCUUCAUAUUUGGAACCCGUACUCGAUGGCGAUGCGGCGGCGCUCCGUUUGGGACUCGCCGGUGUUCCGCUUUCCUGAAGAUCCACCGCGAGUACGCUCGCUACCUCAAUUUCUAUCUGUACCCAAUCAGAUCAGACCCUUGAUCUACUAUCCAUUGAUUUCCCUGCCUCGGAUGCAGAUCGAUUCACCGUCCCGCUUUGUCCUGACACUCUUUUGCUUCCUGAUCAGGGCGGGGAAGCCUGUGGAGGUGUUUGAGGCUGCGCGCGUCGAGCGGAUGCUGCGGUCGGGGCAGUCGGCCGACGCGGAGCAUUACCUGGAGCGUUUCCUGCCGCCCAUCCCCAUCAGGGACCGGAGCCCGCUGUCGAUCUUGCUCCGGUUCCACGUCCGCGUCUUCAGGAUCAUCUCCAAGGUCGCCGCCGGUGGCCCAUCAGGUGCAAAGAUGGCCGCACUCUUCGCAAACCCCAGCGAGUACAUUAGUACAUAUGCUCCGGAGCCCCUACAGCGCUGGAUGAAGGCUCACUAGCAGAGUUAAAGAAAAGGCAAAGACAAAGUUGGAUAGCAUGUUUAGCCUGAAAGAAAGCCACUCCAUUGAAGAGAUGUUAUGGAACCAUGGCCUGGAGUGGUUGUCAACAAGACCAAG